CCAGGGGCGGACUGACCAUUUGGAAACUCGGGCACUGCCCGAGGCGGCCUGGGGUCAGAAGGGGGCCCAAUGAGAUGCCACUGGUACCUUUUUCAUAGGCUUUUUUCAGUUUGGGCAAGAACACAGGGGCCCCAUGAUCCCCUAUUGCCCGGGGGCCCCAUGAGUUGUCAGUCCGCCCCUGCUCUGUACCCUCCUAAUAGCAUACUCCUGUACCCCUCCCCCCACAUCUCAGUGACUAACGCUUCUCACAUC